AUGGACACAAACAAAUCAAAUGAAGUCUGCUCUUCUCCCAACAAGAAAAGAACAGCACAACAUCCAACCGAAUGUGAUCUCUUAGGCCACACACCUAAGAAAAACCGCGUCGAUCCUGAGGAGAUCGACACAGACAUCAAUCAGACAGUCGUCAAACAGGUGGACAAGCACACCACGGCCCCGCCAAGCUCCAAUCGCAAGUUCUCUACGGCUUAUUUCAACAAAGCCCCGGUAGCAGUUAGUAGAGUCCAUGACUCACCAUCUUCAUCCAAUAGAAAGUCACGUGAUUCAACAGAACGAAAAUUUCCCCCUUUUCGCUUACAAUUGGACUGUUCGAAAGACCAGUCAGUAUCCGAACUACAAAUUAUCAAGGCAAUCAACAAAUCAACCAAACUCAAAUGCACGUACGGGCGUUUUACCAAAUCAAAGGAGGGACAAAAUACCUUUCUAUUAUACGCCAACACUAAUUCUCAAUACGAGGUCCUUCUCAACAAAGAGAACUGGCCAAAAUCGAUCAACAAUCUGUCGUACGUGCUCGAAUUGCCAAAUAAAACACCCGCAUCGUUCUCUCUCGUUGUAUCAAACGUUCCACCACAGUGGGAUGCACUCAGCUUCGGCGAAGACCUGAAAUGUCAAUAUUCGUCGAUUAUUAGAACUGUGAGAAUGUACAGAAAUGGUGGCUAUCCACUACAAAAAGUGAGAAUUGACUUCGCUUCGUUCAAGGAAGUCUCAGAUCUUCUCAAGGCUAAGCGUCUGCUAGUGGAAGACAGCAACAUCUCGUUUCCUGUCGAACCUUACAUACAACCUACCAGAGUACUGCGCUGUUAUGUGUGUCAAGCCUACGACGAUCACAUUUCUGCUCACUGUCCCAACAGGAAUGAUCCAAUUUGUUUCCGCUGUGCGCAACACCACCCACACAACCCAAAGUGUGACAAUCCUAUUAAAUGCCCGCACUGCAACGGCGAUCACAUGGCAGGUAACCCGAACUGUCCGGCGAAGUUGGCCAAACGCAAAGAGAUUAAUGCCCUUCGCAAAAUUAACAAUGAAUCAAAUGCCGCAUCAGCCACGUCCAGUGCAAAUCCUCGAUCAAGUACCACAAAAAGCUCCACGACUGCGUGGCAAACUACGCCGUCCAGCAAUCCGGUGCUGAGUGAAAGCCCGAUGAACAACUCAAACGUUGGUGGUCGUAAUUACUCGGCUGAAGCUGACUCCUCCACUCAGAACAUCAUGUCGUUACUUGACAAGAUCAACACCUCGGUUAUGGAAGUAAAUCAGCAACAACAGCACUUAUCGAACAAAUUCGAAUCGUGGGACGAGCUCCUCAACCUCAACCAAAAGAAAACUCAGCUGAUCCAACACUGCAUGAACGACAUGAUCAUCCCACUCAUGUGUGAGAUGGUAAAUCUUCUCUACUCCAAAGGUAACGGUUCAAACUGCAAAAAACUUCGCACGCAUAUGGACAAGCUCACGGAAUUCGCUGUCAAGCAUCUUUGUCCAACGGUGACCGGUGAUUAUUCAAGUUCUCAAAUCGAUCCACAGUUUACCGAAUUAUCGACGACAAAAUCUGCCGCCUUCAAUAAUCAUGAAUCCUAA